GCUGUUUCGCAUGUGGUUAAACAAAAAACACUUUAAAUGCAAAUUCGCGCAUUAGGUGCUACUUUUAAGCAUUUAUUAGUUAACAGUGGCGCCUUAAGGCAUUUUCCACGCAACAUGGCGUGUAGCAGAUUCGAGUACGUAAAAACUUAUGAACAAGACGACAAAAUAUUGCCAAAUGUUUGGAUUGUUAUUAGAAUUGAUGGCAAAAAGUUUCAUCACUUUGCCAACACACACAAAUUUGAAAAGCCCAACGAUGAAAAUGCGCUCAAUGUAAUGAAUGCUGCUGGCAUAGCCGUGAUGCAGGAAUUCAAGGACAUAGUGGUGGCUUACGGCCAGAGCGACGAAUAUUCAUUUGUAUUCCGAAAAGACACAAUGGUUUAUAAGCGUCGCGCUUCGAAGCUGCUCACCUAUGUAACCAGUCAGUUUACCAGUAGCUAUGUGCUCGCCUGGUCACAGUGGAUGCAACGUCCUUUGGCCUAUGCGCCUUGCUUUGAUGGCCGGGUGGUGCUAUACCCUACAGAUGAUAACAUGCGGGAUUACUUAAGCUGGCGACAAGCAGAUGUGCAUGUUAAUAAUCUUUAUAACACGGCAUUUUGGAAGCUGGUGCAGUCUGGUCUCACUAAUCAGCAGGCCGAGGAGAAAUUGCGUGGUACACUCUCAGCUGCGAAAAAUGAGUUACUCUUUACGGAGUUUGGCAUUAACUAUAAUAAUGUCCCGGCCAUGUACCGCAAGGGGACUAUCUUGAUGCGCAAGCGUGUACAUGAAGCUGACCAAACGGAUAAGGAUAAGGGAAGGCAGGUUAUAGUUCCACUGCAUGAGGAUUUGAUUGGCGCGGCCUUCUGGAAAAAACAUAGUGAAAUUCUGGGCAAAUACGUUCCUGGCAAUCAUGAGCUGGAUUCAACAAGUGAAUGCAAGCUGCUAGCCAUGCAGCUGGGGGAGAAACUAAAGAUUGAGGCCGAGAACAGUUGAUUUUGACUUACGACAAUUGUUUAAUUACAACUAUUACAUUAG